CGCUUGCGCUGCUGAGCGAGAUGUGGGAGGCGAAGCUGGAGCCCGACGUCAUCAGCUACAGCGCUGGGAUCAGCGCGUGCGAGAAGGGCGAGCAGUGGCAGCGGGCGCUUGCGCUGCUGAGCGAGAUGUGGGAGGCGAAGCUGGAGCCCGACGUCAUCAGCUACAACGCUGGGAUCAGCGCGUGCGAGAAGGGCGAGCAGUGGCAGCGGGCGCUUGCGCUGUUGAGCGAGAUGUGGGAGGCCAAGCUGGAGCCCAGCCGAGAUGCGGGAGGCGAAGCUGGAGCCCAACGUCAUCAGUACAGCGCUGGGAUCAGCGCGUGCGAGAAGGGCGAGCAGUGGCAGCGGGCGCUUGCGCUGCUGAGCGAGAUGCGGGAGGCGAAGCUGGAGCCCAACGUCAUCAGCUACAGCGCUGGGAUCAGCGCGUGCGAGAAGGGCGGGCAGUGGCAGGCAAGCAGUGGCAGCCGGCGCUUGCGCUGCUGAGCGAGAUGUGGGAGGCGAAGCUGGAGCCCAACGUCAUCAGCUACAGCGCUGCGAUCAGCGCGUGCGAGAAGGGCGAGCAGUGGCAGCGGGCGCUUGCGCUGUUGAGCGAGAUGUGGGAGGCCAAGCUGGAGCCCAGCGUCAUCAGCUACAACGCUGGGAUCAGCGCGUGCAAGAAGGGCGAGCAGUGGCAGCGGGCACUUGCGCUGCUGAGCGAGAUGCGGGAGGCGAAGCUGGAGCCCAACGUCAUCAGCUACAGCGCUGGGAUCAGCGCGUGCGAGGAGGGCGAGCAGUGGCAGCGGGCGCUUGCGCUGCUGAGCGAGAUGCGGGAGGCGAAGCUGGAGCCCAACGUCAUCAGCUACAGCGCUGGGAUCAGCGCGUGCGAGAAGGGCGGGCAGUGGCAGCGGGCGCUUGCGCUGCUGAGCGAGAUGCGGGAGGCGAAGCUGGAGCCCGACGUCAUCAGCUACAACGCUGGGAUCAGCGCGUGCGAGAAGGGCAAGCAGUGGCAGCCGGCGCUUGCGCUGCUGAGCGAGAUGCGGGAGGCGAAGCUGGAGCCCGACGUUAUCAGCUACAACGCUGCGAUCUGCACGAGUGAGAGAUGCAGCCAGUGGCGGCAUGCAUUUUCGCUGCUCAGAGUGAUGCGGGAACGCCAUGUGGAGACGAACGAUAUCAGUUACAAUUUAUGCAUCACGGCGUAUGAGAGGUCGUCUCGCAACUUGGCAGGCUUGUCCUGCUAUCGUUGUAUCGGCCUUUCCCGUUUUCGAGUGUCUUGCGAGGCACUGUCCGUGUGGGAACCUGCUGGGGAACCAUUGUGAUCACGUGGGCGAACAUCCGUAUUUUGAAAUUGGCAGCAGUGUUCCGUCGCGCAGGAAGCCGCUUCGGAUACCAUUACGUGGAUCCGCCCUGGUUGGCUACAGCACUGAGAUCAGCACUUGUGAUAGAGGCGUCCAGUGAAAGCGGGUCCUGCCGAUGAUCAGCGAUCUGUUGAUUGUGAAGCUGGAGUCCAAUGGCGUCAGCUACAACGCUGGGAUCAGCGCGUGCGAGAAGGGCGAGCAGUGGCAGCCGGCGCUUGCGCUGCUGAGCGAGAUGUGGGAAGCUGGAGCCCAACGUCAUCAGCUACAACGCUGGGAUCAGCGCGUGCGAGAAGGGCGAGCAGUGGCAGCCGGCGCUUGCGCUGCUGAGCGAGAUGUGGGAAGCUGGAACCCAACGUCAGCCUAGGACCUCCCUGCAGCCCCUCGGCCAACGAAGACGGCUGCAGGGAGGGGUCCAAACGUACCUCCACCUUCAUGCACCAGUCAACCAAUACACCAG